AUGUUUGAUUCAAAUGUUUUGGAAACAGAUUUUUUUGUAAAUGAUAACACAUCUCCAGAUUCACAAGUGAUAAUAAAAACUAUUUCUAACAUCAUUCCUAAGGAUCCUAAAUCACAUACAACUGUAUCAUUAUCUAGAAAAAAUAAAACUGAAGAUUUUCGUUCCAUGGGAAGCAGAUAUAAAACUUUAACAGGGGAGCUCAAAUAUAAAAAACGUCUAUCUCUUGUUCGUGCUAUCUAUGAUUUUAAUUUGCCUAAACUUUCAUCUUUAAAAUUUGUUGCAGGAGAUAUAAUAGAAGUACUUAAUAGGAUGGAAAAUGGCUGGUGGGAUGGUGUAUUGGGUGAUCAAAGAGGUUGGUUUCCCAGUAAUUAUGUUCAACAUCUGGAUGAAAAUGAAAUAAAUGAAUUUGAAGAAGAUGAGAAUAAUGAUCACGAUACCUAUAAUAUACAAAUUGGUUUGGAACAAAACAUGAUCGAAGAGAAUUCUAUUGAAUAUUUACAUCAAGAAUCACAAGAUAUUAAAGCUAAUGACCAUUCUUUACGUGAUUCUAUUUGGAUAUCAGAUGUUUUAAAUGAAAAGCCAUAUUAUCCUAAUACUGAAAAAGAAUCAUCAGAAGCUAGUUUUCCAUAUUUUCUAGCAUCUAAUGAUCAAUUUAAUAGUAAUUCAAAGAAGGUUCAUAAGAAAAAAUCAUUAUCACUUACAACAGACAAGAAGUUAAAUGAUUUAAGUUUUCUUCUAGAUAUGUCUAGCGUUUUAAAGAGUCCGUAUUUUGAGAAUGAUAUAACUGAAAAAAUGCAUCGAAUUGAAAAUAAAGAAGAAUCAAAAGGAGUCCAUUUAUAUACAUUUCCACAACGAUCUCCAUCUAUGAAAGGUUUAUCUCCUCUUGAAGCAUUUAUUAUUUCAAGUUAUGAAGAUAAAUUAAAUAUUGUUUCUUCAUCUGAGGCUUCGUUGCAUAAUGAAGAUAGCUCCAGAAUAUCUGAUUCUGAUGAUGGUUCAAGCAUUUUAAUGCCUAUUUAUUAUUGUCCUUUGCAAAGCUCUAUCGACUCUAAAGAUGAUAAAAGUACAUAUUUAAACUCUAAAGCACUAAAACUUAUACCUGAAGAAUUAAUACCUUCUUAUAAGAAAAUAUUACAGAAUAUGCGUCAAUCAAUUAAUGAUUUACAUAAAUUUGUUGAAUUAAAAAUGAAAGUUUUAUUUCAAAAAUUAUGCGAUUCAAUCAGAAUUACAAUAAUUUAUCUUGUACAUGCAUCAGGUAUGCUAAGAAUUGUUUCAAUUCUUGGUAAUUCUCUUCCAACUAUAAUAUCCAUAUCAGAAAGUGAUUUUAAAACUAUUAAAUGGUAUUAUUGGAGAAUUUUGACAGCAUUAAGUAAACUCAUUCUUUCAACAAAACUUGCAUCGAGUGAAUGGUUACCAGAAAAUAUAAAAUCCAGUGUUCUUAAUGAUGCAGAAGAUAUAAUUAUUAUAGUUGAGGAAUAUAUUAAAUUUAUAGUAUCAAAAAAUUCUAUAUAUAGAACACCAUGUAAAUUUCGAUUAGGAUUUAUUAAAGAUCGACAAGUUGGUGGAGGUUGGAGAGGGAAUGGUUUAAUCGUGUAUACGAAGCCUACAGUUCACAAUAAUAUCUUGUUAGAGUUAGAAAUACAGUCUUCUGACAAUUUAACUUUGAAACCAUUAUCUCAAGAACUUCUCUCAAAACUGAAUACAUCGUUAAAUGAGAUUAAAUGUUUACUUAAUUAUUUCCAAAAAAAAUUAUUAAAACCUAGUUUUUCUGAUGAUGAAAAAAAGGCGUCAAUUAUAAUUUCUGAUUUCUUUAUAAUUCAUGAAACAAAAACUAUUUUGAAGUCAAUCAGGAUAUUUAUGGAAAUGAUCGAAUCUGUUGAUGUUACACCAUUAGAAGAAACUUGUGGAGAUACAUAUUCACCUACAUUAUUUGAUUUUUUAAAUGCUAAACAGGCCUUAUAUGAUUCGAUAAAUACAUUCGUACUUAUAGUUCAAAGUUUUCCAAAAUUUAUAAAUAUUUAUAAUAAUAAUCCUAUUAUGUCAAUAGUUAAUUCUUCAAGAAAUAUCAACUGUUCUUUACAGAGUUUAAUGAUGACGAUUGAAUUUCUUGUAGGCGAAAAAGAAAUACGGACUAAAAAGUGUUCUGAAGAUCCAAUGUAUUCGCAUCAUCGUACUUCAUCUAAAAAACUAUCAAUGUCUAGUAAUAUAUCUAUGGAGUCUGAUGAUUCUAAAAGUGUUUUAAAAGCUUCUCCUACGACACCUAGAACUAAAACAAAAUUAAAAAAGAUUUUUGGAGAUGAAUCCCCUUUUGGAAAAUGUUCCCCUCAAAAAGUGUUUUCAAUGCUUGAAACGCAAAAUGAGCCAAUUCCAUGGUUUUUAAAAUAUAAUCAUGAAGGAAAAAUUAUAUAUGAUGAACAAGGUUGUUUAAAAGCUGGGACAUUAGUGGGAUUAAUUGAACAUUUAACAAGACAUGACUUGCUUGAUUCAUUAUUUAAUAAUACACUCUUGUUAACUUAUAGAACUUUUACAUCAGCUGAAAACUUUUUUAAUCUUUUAGUAGAACGAUUUAUGAUAGCUCCACCAGAAAAUUUAAAACCUCAUGAACUAGAAAUUUGGAUCGAAAAAAAACAAAAACCUGUUCGUCUUAGAGUAUUCAAUAUUUUAAAAAUUUGGCUUGAAAGUUAUUUUAUGGAGCCUAUGGAUGAAAAUUCAGAAAGAUUACUUAAUCAAAUUAAAGAAUUUACUAUUAAUAUAUUGUCGGAAUCUAUUUCCGGGGAAAAUCUUGUGCGGAUUAUAGAUAAAAGGAUGAAAAAUGAAGACAGAAAUUAUUUUCGUAAACUUAUGUUAAAUAUUGGUUUUGUUGCUCCUCCUAUAUUGCCGAAAAAUUUAAGGAGAUUUAAAUUAUUGGAUUUAGAUCCAUUAGAAGUUGCAAGGCAACUUACGAUAAUGGAAAGCAGGAUUUAUAAUAAAAUCAAGCCAAUAGAAUUCUUAAAUAAAGCAUGGAGUAAACAUCUUUGUAAUGGUAUUGCUGAAAAUAUUAGAUCAAUGAUUUUGAAAUCAAAUCAAAUUACUGGAUGGGUUACACAAACUAUUCUUAGUCAAACUGAAGUAAAAAAAAGAGUUCGUAUUUUGAAACAUUUUAUUAAUAUUGCUGAUAGAUGUCGAAGCUUAAAUAAUUUUUCUACAGUUACUUCAAUCAUUUCUGGAAUAAAUUCAGCACCAAUACAUCGUCUCAAAAGAACAUGGGAAUUGGUUACUAAAAAGACUAUAAAUACUUUUGAUUCAUUAAAUAAAAUGAUGGAUUCAACGAAAAAUUUCUCUGAAUAUCGGGAAUUAUUACGUUUAAUUAAUCCACCUUGUGUCCCAUUUUUAGGUGUUUAUUUAACUGAUCUAACGUUUAUUGAGGAUGGAAAUCCGGAUAUGAUUAAAAAUUCUAAAGAUUUCAUAAAUUUUUCUAAACGAAUAAAAACAGCUGAAAUUAUACGAGAAAUUCAGCAGUAUCAAUCAAUCUCAUAUUCUUUUCAAGUUGUUCCUGAAAUACAAUCUUAUCUUUUGGAAUGUCUUGAAGGAAUGGAUAAAUUAAAUGAUAUGUAUGAUCUCAGUUUAGGAAUUGAACCACGUGAAAGGGAUGAUGAAAAGUUAGCAAGAUUGCUUCAGGAAUCAGUAUUAUUAUAAAAUAUGUUUGAAUAAACACUUAGGAUUUAUUAUAC